AUGAAUAAAGUUUGGCUGGUGUUUGUUUGUUUGCGACUUACACUAGUGUUAUUGCCGCACAAUGCUUAUAUACAUCCAGACGAAUUCUUCCAAAAUUCAGAAAUUGUUGCCGGUGAUCUUUUUGAUAUCAAUGUAUAUAGAUCAUGGGAAUGGAAGAGUCAGCAGCCAAUCAGAACAUGUAUAUUCCCAUAUUUGACAAGUGGACCAGCAUUUGUUCUACUCAAGGUGUUCCCACAAUUGAUAUCAUCAUAUACUCUCUAUGUCAUGCCAAGACUAGUCAUGUUCUUAUUUUCAUUUAUUUUUGACUAUAUUAUGUACAAGCUAUCACACUUAUUGCAUAUAAAUACAAAGUUGAGUUUGAAUUUACUUUCUAGUUCCUAUGUAAUGCUUGUAUUUUAUACUAGACUGUUUUCAAACACAUUGGAAUCCAUACUUUUCUUUAUACUUCUGUAUGUAAUACUGAAAUCUACUUUGUCAAUGCGACAACACACACACAAAUCAGUAAGCCAUUUCUACUCGUGCAUAUUUCAUUUAUCAGUUAUCAUUGUUAUAGGUGUGUUUGUUCGUGUUACUUUCUUAAGUUUUGCUGUUUUCCCAGUGCUAUACUGGUUAUAUCAUAUCAAGUUGAAUUAUAGUCUCCAUACAGUAUUGAAAUGUAUGAUAUCAUUUAUUCCCACUAUUGUAAUAGUUACUUUACUCUGCACAGUCAUUGACUCUUUAUAUUAUGGCUUUAUUACAUUUGAACAUUUGUUUUCAUUGAAAGGUUUAACACAUCUUUUUUCAUCUUCUGAGUUACUGAACCAUUUCACAGUAACACCACUGAACUUUUUACAAUAUAAUUUAGAUGUAUCAAAUCUGUCUGAGCACACCCUUCAUCCGUAUAUCACUCAUAUCUUAGUCAAUACUCCAUUGUUAUUUCUACCAUUAUUAUGGUCAAUUCUAGUAUUAUUUUUCCAAAAAUAUAAAAAAAUCCGAGACAAUUUUAAUGUAUUUUUGAUAUCAUCCAUUGUGGUUCCACUCUUCAUAUUAUCUUUAGCACCACAUCAAGAGCCCAGAUUUCUAAUGCCAUUACUUUGCCCAUUUGUUUUGUUAUUCUGUAAAAUGGAGACACGUUUGUCACAUGGAUUCAAAGUAUCCUGGAUUGUUUGGAAUCUUUUAGGUUCUCUUAUGUUUGGUGUUGUUCAUCAAGGUGGAUUGCUACCGAGUAUGAUAUACCUUGACAGUAUUCAGCAUUCAUCACAAACAAUGUGUCAUUAUAUAUUCUUUCACACAUACAUGCCACCAAGACAUAUUUUAUCAGCCAGUCAAAUUCAAAAUUCCACCAAUCAGAUAACAGUACAUGAUUUAAUGCAUGGUGAAGAUUUGUUAUUAUUUAAUAAGUUAGACAGGCUUGUUCCACUUGAUGAUUCAUUAGUGUAUGUUGUGAGUCCAUCAAGUUUACAUCAUUUGUUUUGUCACAAAAAAGGCAUGUACAAUUUUCAACUUAUUUCCCAGUUUUAUCCUCAUCUCACUGUAGAAGACAUACCAGAUUACCACAUGCCUGAUAAAUGCAAUCAGGACGAGUCUGACACCUUUAAUUUCAUCAAGAAGUAUUUUAGUAUGAAUGUAUAUAAGAUUUCACUGGAUUAGUAUCAAACUAUGUCUAUGUCUUUGUAGAGACAUAGUUGUCCUAACUGAAGUUCUGUGAUCAGUUUUUGCUAAUAACAGACUCACUCAUCCAAAUAAUUAAAAUCAAUA